AUGCUGAAAUAUUUCUUUGUAUUGACCCUUCUUUUUGUUUUCUCAAAAGCUGAGAAAUCAAAAGAUAACUAUGGACUCAAAAAAGUGAUGAAGCCGGAAAGUCUCCGAGUUCAUGAAAAUGAUCAAAUUUUGGAUAUUUUGGAAGGCGAUUCACCCAUUGAGCAGAAAAUUCGCUUCAAAUUUCAAGAGGAGUCAAAUGGCCAACUGUGCGAUGUUUGCAAAACUCUGCUAGAAUCUGUUUCGGAAUACGUCAAAGAACAUGAGUCAACGAUCCCCGACGCGCUGAACGCUCUUUGUGAUGAGCUUUUUCAUACACAUCAAUCGGAAAAAGAUCUCUGUGAAGUGAUCGUUCAAUCUCAACUCAAAAACAUCAUUGCCUAUAUUGAAGAGGGGACAAAUCCCGAUAUUGCUUAUAGAAGAUUCCGACUGAGCGAUGCCGGGCCUUCUUUUGCCAUUCACGGAGUACGAUUGAAUCGUUUGCAGUUAAAUCGAUCAGCUCGAUCGAUCACCAAUUGCAUCGAUCAGCUUCCAUUUUCUAUUGAUGAAGAGCCAACUCUGGUGUUUGGUGAUUGGGAAGAAGUCUCUUUUGCCUCAAGCAAUGAUUCCACAAAAGUGAAUGGUCACUUUUACACAUCGCAUGUUGUCCUUGAAAACAAGAACCAAAUAACCGUUCGCGAGACCAAAUUUAACACCGGUGACUGGGGGAUUUCGAUUCGUCUUGAGCAAUGGGUGAAUGACACAAGAAAAGUGCUUGUCAUUCCCGGAAUGCAAAAACAUCCAGAAGAUUACUUUAUUGUUCUUGUCAAGGAGACUUUCCUCGUCACUAUCGUCACUCCAUCAACGGUCUUCAGCCCGUAUACUAUUAUGGAAGUGUUUGGACAAGGAAUGGUUAUGGCUCCGACGGAUUGCCCGCUAUUUCAAACGGAACUCACGUGUACCCGUGAUGUGCUUUAUUCUGUUUUUGCUGGCGCUGACCCGGGUAAAGUGGAGGAUGCAGGAAAUCGUUUAGCUGUUGAAACAGCUCAAAUUUUGAAAGCAUCCUCAACGUCGACCGCAACGAGUCUCUUUGCGAACACGCAAUGCGCUUUUUGCCUCAAGUUCAACUUUAAUGGCGUAAGUUAUGUGGACAUGGCUCGUUUCUCAAUUUGGUCUCCCGAGUUCAACCCAUGGGCAUAUGAUCAACAAGAAAAACCAACCGAUGCACCACUACCAAAAUUCUCGAUAGAAAUUCAACAAUACAUCGACAUAAGCUCUAUAUACGUGACCGGGUAUUCGGUUCCGAACUGCAGCUACACAACACCAAAAGAGUAUAUAACGGAGGAGAGAAAAGUUACUGAAAAGCUUGAAACUUGGACGUUCACAGCACAAUGUGUAAUGAUUUCCUGGCGACCAAGUGACAUCGACGAAACCCUCCCUGAUACCAGUUUUCUUUUCACCGUUCGUCAACUUCCAGACUGCAAAGCGACUUAUCCACUGCUUGAUGAGAACUCGCCGAGUUUUGCCUUUCACGCCUCCGAUCUACAAGAUUAUUCAAAAAACAAUCCGUUGAGUGCGUUCUGUGUCGAAACAUGUACCGGCUGUCAGUUAGAGAUAGAAUUUGCUUAUUAUUGCGAGCAAAUUGAUUGCGAACCAAUAAAAGAAGUACCGUUUUCGAUCAAUGCAGAGAUAUUCUCACAUUGGGAUCGCGAUUGCAAGAGGAGUCUCACCUUUCCAAAUCAAACAAACGUGAUGAGUUGCUUGCUGAGAAUUGAAUGGAACGGAACUUUGGCUAGAGCUAAUGGAAAAUUGGCUCUUGUUUGGGCAGCGAAUGCUUCACUUGCGAAUCGGAGUGCUUUUCUCGUGACCGUGCCUCAACUCUUUGACGAUGACAAUGUGUACAAUCUUCUUCCGACUUUUGCAUCCGAAAUUCCCAUUCAAGAGUCACAAAAUGAAGUCUGGUACAUAGUUGUUUUCCCAAAUGAUGUGCCUGUACGUGUUUUGAAAGGAAUGUAUUCGGAUCCAAUCAACACUGAGUGCUCAUAUGAUCUCUACAUCCUUUCACCGCAUAUUACGUCAAAUCGUACGGAUCACUUUCUCAUGUCAAUUAAUGAGAAUAUCUCGUUUGUCGAUUUUUAUCUCGAAAGUCGGGUUUACACACUGAAAGUGCCAUCCGGAUGCUCUCCAAUUGUGACCACUGAGCCAACAAAUAUCUCUUUGUCAGAGCGAAUUGUGAAGCAGGAUCUCUGUUUGGGAACCACAAUCAUCACCACUUCCGGAUACCUCAACAAAUGGAGUCCCUUUGAUGAGGCAGUUCCACUAUCGCACCAAGUUACUUGUGACGACGUUUCAUCUCUUCUAAUCAAAGUCAACAUGCAUGCGCUUUUCGAUGGAACGCUCACACUCGCGUUUAAUGAUACAACUGAUGGAGAAAUUGAUGAGAAAAGCAUUUUGCCGGGGGAUUACCCCCUGGGUUACGAAAUAAUUGUGAGCAAUGCUACAAGUGUUAUGGUAAGCUGGGAGCCGCCUGAAAAUGGAUCAGUUCAUAACGAAACGCAGAAUGAAGCGGGCGCCUUUGUUUCGGUUUACAUGGAAGAAGCUGAAGAAGAACCACCAAAAAAGCUCUCAUCGAAACUUUGGUAUUGGCUUGGACCACUGAUUGGGCUCCUCGCCAUGACGCCAUUUUUUUACAUUGGACUUAAAACGGGG